AUGCAGGCUGAUGCACUUGAUGAGUUCACCGGUGGAGUUAUACUGGUGAGUCAUGAUUCUAUUCUGAUAUCGCGUCUGUGCGAGGAUGAAGAGAAGAGUGAAAUUUGGGGUGUUGAAGAUGGUACCGUGAGGGCCUUCCCUUGGACUUUCGAGGAAUACAAGGAGCUACAAAGCUUGCAAUUUUUCCGAAAGAAAAGUUUUGCUGAUUGCAUAUUAAGAUUUUCCAUGAAUAUGCUUGGCUUGCUUAGCAUCCUUGACAAAAGUUGGAGAAACUUGGGGGUUAAAAAAUUUGACAUUUCUUGGGAAAGCUUAAUCGCAGCAGAUCAGAUCUCUUGGACCGCUAGGCCAUACUUCAAAUAG